AUGGCCAUGCACCAAGCUCCCUUUCUUCUAUCUCUUCCAAAAUCAGCGGUUUGCCGGCGUCGAAAGCGGCCACCGAGCAGUGACGUCAUUUCCGGCCUGAGCCUCAACGCCUUCCGUCUGAUCUUCACGUCGCUUUUUCGCCGCGCGCAUGGCGAGCCGCCAACGAGAUGCACGCCCGCUGCUUGCCAUCAUCCGGAGCCGGAGCACGGACAGCUCGCUUCGAUACACACAAUCCCACGGCGAGGUAACUCUGCUACUGAUCUCGCGCGAUUCUGCAGCACACCCGUUGGCAUGGACCCUGCUUUGGACCAGAGCCAGACCCAGAAUGCCUCUGCGUCGGGUGACUUUCUGCCCGCGUAUAAUGCUCCGUCUGUGCCGCUGGCGCCACCUCCAGAUUACGAGACAGCCGUGGGUGCCAAUCCCCCAACACCAGCAUCGCAACAUGGAAUUACCAACCACAAACCGUUAACGCUGAGUAUCGAGGGGAAAUACGUUUACUCCUCGCUCUCAAAGCCAGAUCCGAUCUACAGCCUCACACAUGAACUUGAUGGCCACGAACUAAGCCUCCAGGGCAUCCUCUUGACGCGGCUCGAUCAAAAUCCCGUCCGGCGGAUGCGCACGACUGUGAAGCGAGAUGUGUUUGCUUUGCGAGCCCCGCCAGCGCUGCAUAUAGGGCCCACGAAAUAUGAAAUUGACGGCUUGCGGUAUCUGUCUGGGAAGAAUGGUUAUAUGACCAAGAAGGUCAGCAGAACCGGCAUGGGGUGGACAGUGGGUGGGCGCGGCUUGCCCUCCUUUGUGCUCCGCCCUAGCACCUCAGCCGAUUCUGACGCAGAGCUAUACGAAUGGCGGGAUAGAACAAACGACCAUUACAUUGCCACGGAAACCCGGCGGCGCUGGGAUAAGCAGAACAAAGUUGAAAUAUCACCGCCCACUCUGGAGUUGCGGAUUGGGGCGAAUGUGGAUAAAGGCUACCUCGAUUUCCUCGUGGCCGCGUGGUGCAUGCAUAACUGGAGGGAGGCCAAAGAUAUCACCAAAGAACCACUUAGCUGGGAAGAAUGUAAGCGCCCGUUUGCUAUCCACUUACCAUCGAAUUAG